CAGCCAGAGGGCAGAAGCACCUCUGAGCUCAGGCCUGACUGACACUGCGACCAGGGGCAUGAACUGAGUGUGCUGGGGCCAGAGAGUGGCCCACAAAAGGAAGCCACUUGGAGCUCAAGUCCUCAGGAAGGAGAAAGAUACGACCUGUGGGAGAGGAUAGCCAACUCAAGCCUCAGCAAGCAGAACGUGGUGAAGAGCUUGGUUCUGAGCAGUGCCAGAAAGACCUGAGGGUGCAGUAGCAGCAGGGCCAGCCCAGCUCACAUCCUGCUCCAACCUUGGAAGGACAGAAGGAAGAAUGCCUGUGCCCCCUUGUCUGAGGUGCCAUGGCCAGACUCUGCCUGAGCCUGCUGCUCCUGGUGGCCACUGUGGCCUUUGUGUCCAGAGGUGUCCAUCCCUGGGGCAGGUCAAAGGUGGUGAGGAAAUUCCAAGACAUCCCUGAAACCUAUGUCUAUGUGCAACAAGCUCUGUGGUUCGCUAUGAAAGAAUUUAAUAAGAGCAGCAAAGACAAGUACAGUUACAAUGUGGUGAAGGUCCUGAAAUCCCAGGAGCAGGUCACAGAGAGUUUGGACUACUUUCUUGAAGUCAAAAUUGCCCGAACAAUGUGCAAGAAAAUUUCAGGAGAAAAUGAGAACUGCUUAUUACAACAGGAUCCCCAAAUGCAAAAGAUGUUUUAUUGCACCUUUAUUGUUGCAACCAAACCUUGGAAAUUUGAGUUCACUAUGCUGAAGAAACAAUGCAAAGAGGUCUAAUUCUCUUGUGUGCUGUAUAGGGGCUGAUUCUGAGAACAUGAUGCCUUUUUACAGUGUCAAUCAGCCUAUUCUAAUUGACUCUGUCAUCUACUAGCAGGGCAAUCUGUUACCAAUAAAUGGAAGGCUGUGUAAACCUG